AUGCAAACCUAUUCAAAUUUCACAUUUGCCUACUUUGGAGGUAGUUCAGAGGGUGCACCUGAUGUCAAGAUUUGGUUACAGAGAUACAAGGAUGGUUGUUGGCAUGACCCUGAGGCAGUUGAUGAAGAACCUGGUGUUCCAAUGUGGAAUCCAGUUUUAUUUAAGCUUCCUUCCAAUGAGUUGCUCCUUUUCUACAAAAUUGGCCAAGAGGUCCAAAAGUGGAGUGGAUGUAUGAAACGGUCAUUUGAUGGUGGUUUAACUUGGUCAGAUAGAGAACAACUUCCGCCUGGUAUAUUAGGACCAAUAAAGAAUAAGCCUAUCUUGCUGAAUAAUGGCCACCUGCUUUGCGGGUCAUCUGUAGAAAGCUGGAAUUCUUGGGGUGCAUGGAUGGAGGUUACAACAGAUUCUGGACAUUCAUGGAAGAAGUAUGGGCCGUUAUACGUCCAAGAUGAACCUUUGAGCGUGAUUCAACCUGUUCCUUACCAGACUGCGAACGGGACACUUCGCAUUCUAUUGCGAUCAGUUGAAGCUAUAGGCAGAAUUUGUAUGUCAGAAUCCCUCGAUGGGGGGUUGAGCUGGAGUCAUGCAGAGCCUACAGAGCUUCCUAACCCAAAUUCAGGCAUCGAUGGAGUUAAGCUCAAUGAUGGCCAUCUCCUACUUGCGUACAACACAAUUUCAAGAGGAGUGCUCAAAGUGGCUCAUUCAGCAGAUGAUGGUGAUACUUGGCGCAACGUAAUGACACUGGAGAAUAAUUUGGACAUGGAAUUUUCAUAUCCUGCUGUGAUCCAGAGCAGUGAUGGAUUUGUCCACAUCACAUACACCUAUAACAGGACCCAGAUAAAGCAUGCUGUACUCCAACCCAAAGAAAUGUUGUGAGUGCCCUAGCUGCUGAAACUGUAUGUGGUAAAGAAGCCAAAUUUCCAACUGGACCGUGUCAGAGAGCAAAAAUUUACAGGUUGAAAUGACAUCCUUCCAGCAGGACUCACUGAAAUGAAGCAGAUUCCAACCUUUGAGAAAUAAAUGGAUAUCAUUUCCAGUGACUUUAUCAAUCCAGGGAUUGAUUGGAUUUAGCAAAUGGCUUUUCAAUCAAUAGAAAUCUUCAUGUACAUACAGACUUAUCACAUGUUAAAGACUCUUGACUUGGACCUAGUUCUGCUCAUUGGUAGGACAUUAAAGAUCUCUCUCUCUCUCUC